AUGAGCCCAUAUUGCAUAAUCGACAUCGGCGCCAAGUAUCUACUCGAAGUGCCGACCGGCAACUCCUCCAUCUCGCAGCUCAAUUGGCACCCCAAGAGCGCUAUCGUCCGUCAUCCGCACGGGAACGACGCGCCUCUGUGCAUGUUCGUCGCUCCGACACAUACCAGUCUCGACCGGGCCAACCUCACAACACUCCCGUCCUUCGCCCUCUUACACUCACAACGAGCGACCGCCACACGCGUAGCCGCGCAAUCCAUGACCUCAAAGACGAGGUUGGCUCGAUUCUCAUACCCCGCCGUUUUCCAACUCUGCGUACGGCAUCGUAUGCAGCGCGAGCCGUCUCACGUUCGGCGUAUCCGCGCGGCCCAGCGUCGACAUUCGCUCGGGGAACAUCAAUGA